GCGCGCUGCUGCCGCUGCACGACCCGGGAGAGACGCCGGCGCGGUGGUGAUUGGAGAGGCGCGCGGAGAGCUCCCACGCCCCGGCGCUGCCUCGGAGCCCAGCCUGCUUGUCACCCCCGUCCUCGUGGCCUGCGUGGCACCAUGAGCUGUGUCCUGAACAGAGUCGUCCCCUUGGGGCUGGUGCUCCUGGUCUGCGGAGCCCAAGGCGUUUUCCUGCCCAACAUCACUCAGUUGGAGAAGCUGCUCAGCAAAUACCAGCAGGACAAGCCGCACUCCCGGGUCCGGAGGGCCAUCCCCAGGUCGGACAGGGAGGAGAUCCUCAUGCUUCACAACAAACUCAGGGGCCAGGUGUACCCCCCCGCCUCCAACAUGGAGUACAUGACUUGGGACGAGGAGCUGGAGCGGUCAGCGGCGGCCUGGGCUCACGAGUGCAUCUGGGAGCACGGGCCCACCAGUCUGCUGGUGUCCAUCGGGCAGAACCUGGCGGUCCACUGGGGCAGGUACCGCUCUCCCGGCUUCCACGUACAGUCCUGGUAUGACGAGGUGAAGGACUACACCUACCCCUACCCCCAUGAGUGCAACCCCUGGUGUCCGGAGAGGUGCUCCGGGCCCAUGUGCACCCACUACACACAGAUAGUCUGGGCCGCCACCAACAAGAUUGGCUGUGCUGUGAACACCUGCCAGAGGAUGAACGUUUGGGGAGAUGUUUGGGAGAAUGCGGUCUACCUCGUCUGCAAUUACUCUCCAAAGGGGAACUGGAUCGGAGAAGCCCCGUACAGAACCGGCCGGCCCUGCUCCGAGUGCCCGCCCAGCUACGGGGGCGGUUGUAAGAACAACCUGUGUUACCGAGAAGAGACUUUGACGUCCAGCCCCAAGCCGGAAACCGACGAGAUGAACGAAGUAGAGGCGGCCCCCGUUCCCGAUGACAAGCACGUCUGGGUCCAGCCGACGGUGGUCAGACCCACGAAGCCCAAGAAGGCGUCCGCCGUGAGCUACAUGACCCAGGCUGUCCGGUGUGACACGAAGAUGAAGGACAAGUGCAAAGGAUCCACGUGCAACAGGUACCAGUGCCCCGCGGGCUGUCUGAACAACCACGCCAAGGUCUUUGGGACUCUCUUCUACGAAAGUUCGUCCAGCAUAUGCCGGGCCGCCAUUCACUACGGAAUCCUGGACGCCAGAGGUGGCCUGGUGGACGUCACCAGGAACGGGAAGGUCCCUUUCUUCGUCCGGUCUGAGAGGAAUGGCGUGGAGUCUCUGAGCAAAUACAAGCCUUCCAGCUCCUUCGUGGUGUCAAAAGUAAAAGUGCAGGACGUGGACUGCUAUAGCACCGUCGCUCAGCUCUGCCCGUUCGAGAAGGCGGGGACCCACUGCCCCAGGGUUCGGUGUCCAGCACACUGCAAAGACGAGCCAUCCUACUGGGCUCCUGUGUUUGGAACUAACAUCUAUGCAGACAGUUCGAGCAUUUGCAAGACGGCCGUGCACGCAGGAGUCGUCCAGAAUGAGAGCGGGGGUUAUGUGGACCUGAUGCCCGUGGAUAAAAAGAAGGCCUACGUGGGCUCGCUCAGGAACGGAGUCCAGUCUGAAAGCCUGAGGACCCCCCGAGACGGAAAGGCCUUCCGGAUCUUUGCUGUCAGGCAGUAAAUUUCCAGUGUCGGGGAGAAGGGGGCGUGCGUCUUCAAGAGGGCUUCCGAGUUUUGCUUUUUAUUUUUAUUCUGUCAUUUUGGGGGGCGGGGGGUUGGGCUGGGGAUAUAGAGAGGCAGGAAACUUCCUUUGAAUGGCGUUCAGUGUCACACCCUUUGUGCCUUUGUCUCGAACCACAUGGAGAAGCUGCCUCCUGGGGUCCCAGCCAGACAGCUGGUGACUGGUCCUGCUGGGGCCGGGGGUCUCCAUCUGUGUGCCCUCUCCUCACGGACGGUCACCGAGGCGUUCCUCCCCAGUGCUCCUUGGUGGGCAGGAAGAGGGUUCCAGGCCCACAGAGAUGGCAGGACUCGGAGCUCACGCCCGGGGGAGGCACGCAGGGGUGGGAAGAGGCAGAGUGAGCGCCGGAAAGGCGAGUUUCAGGAAUGGAGUAGAAGGUUAUUUAAAAACUUGGAAAACACAGUCCGUCCCUACCGAUGGAGAAAAAUGGGUGUGACGUUUGCUGGUCAGACACAUGGGCUGGAACCAGGAGGGCUGGGGGAGCGAGGCCUGGGCCCCGCCCUGGCCCCCCGUCCGUGCCGGCACCCCGCCUCCCGCGGGCUGGUUCUGUACGCAGCAGUGCUGGCUUACUUAGAGCCCCUUAGUAACUCCCGAGAUGUAUCUCUUGUCUUCAUCCUUCCUUUUGUCCACGUGGCCCAUCUGUCUGCUGCCGUGACCUUUGGUCUCCUUGAGGACAAAUGAACCAGGAUCCUUUCUCGGCCCUGUCCCUCCCCUUGUGGCUCCUGGCUCAGCCCAGACUGGGUUAUGCAUCACCUUCCCCGCCAGGGUCUUUGCUUUGCGAGAGGUUCUGUUGGCAAACCAGCGCCCCCUCCCCAACUUGUUUUUUUUUCUCCAACUCACAGUUUCUGUUGGUUCCACUGAGGCAUCUGUGAACAGCCAAAGGAGGGCUGUUUUCUUGCUGCUUUCUGAAAGCAGUGGUGGACUAUGCGGUCCCCCUGCAUCGGCUAACCUAGUUUCUAGCCACGGGGGGAAGGGAUUCCUGAGUACAUUCCUUGCCCAGGUUAGCAGCUCUGGGAAGAGGAACCGUUUGUGGUUAUGAAACCCUCCUGCGGUGUAAUAGCAAGAGACAGAAACACUCUGGAAGGGUUUCUCUUCCUGUUUUUGUGGAACACGUCUUGCCAAACGGCUCCGAGGAGCUCGGUGCUCUCUGGGUCCCGCUUUAUAAAAGUACUUCAGGAGCCCAGACCCAAAACCCACAGUGAAACAAAAUACCUUUUUGUAAAUAGCAUUGCUUUGCAGAGGCUAAAAUCUCUCACUUUCGUGAACACCGGGUUUACGUCUGAUUUCACCCUCCCUCGAAAUAUUUCAAAGGCAAAGGAACUAACAGAUGGUUUUAAAAAACAA